UCUUUCUCUCUCUCUCUCUCUCUCUCUAUCCCCCCAAACACACGCAGGGACACAACGUACCUCCCCUUCCCCAUCCUCUGUGUGCGCACGCCGGGGCUCGACGUGAGUCCCCGCAUACAGAGUGCGGAGCGAGGAGCGAGGCUGUUCGCAUCAUCACUGCUGCUCUUUCUCUUUUCGGAUCCGGUUAUCCUGCUGUGGAAAAGAAAAGUGUACAUUGUACAGCUCAUUUUUUUUUCUUUUUUUACCUUGGAGCAUUUUCCCCUCCUCGGUUUGGGAAUAUGGUGUGUAUUCCAGCCUCGGACUAAAAGUGUGUGUGCUCUGGAAGUGACUGGGGAACCAAUGGGGGAAAGAAAGAUGCUAGAAGUUUUGGUUUUUGGGUUGCUCCAUUGAGUUUGGAUUUUGCGGCGAAUUUGUAGAGGGGGCAACAAUAAAGGGUGAAGCUGAGACAUCGAAAGCUUGCAGAUUUGCUCUCUCCUCCCUCCGCUGCAGCUCGCCGUCUGCGGCUUUCGCGCUUCGCUCUCCUCUUGGCCAUGCUAUGAUUUAACACCGGGGAGGACCAGGACUUAUCCCCCCUCCUCCUCUUCCUUCUCCUCUUCUACUUGCAUCCUUGUGAAACAUGAUCUGCUCCUUACAGAUGGACUAAAAAAAAAAGGCUCGCCUGUUUCUUGGAUUCUUUCUGCUUUUAAAUAGGGAGGAGACUAUCUAUUCAUCUUGUCAAUCCAUCGAUCUGUUUGGACACCAUGAGAAUUCUUUGCGCUGUGUUGCUCAUGGCUGUCUUUUGGAGCCACGAGUGGAAGUGUGCGCUCUCGGACUCCAUCAUCCACAUUGGCGCCAUCUUCGACGAGUCGGCGCGCAAGGACGAUGAGGUGUUCCGCCUCGCUGUGGCUGACCUCAACCUGAACAAUGAGAUCUUGGAGACAGAGAAGAUAACCAUCUCCGUGGAAUUCGUGGACGGGAACAAUCCAUUCCAGGCUGUACAAGAAGCGUGCGAGCUCAUGAACCGCGGCAUCCUGGCCUUGGUCAGCUCCAUCGGCUGCAUGUCGGCGGGCAGCCUGCAGACGCUGGCCGACGCCAUGCACAUCCCGCAUCUCUACAUUCAGCGUUCCACAGCCGGCACGCCCCGCUCGGCCUGCCCGCCCACCAGCCGCAGCCCCGGAGCCGACGACUACACCCUGAUGGUGCGCCCGCCCGUCUAUCUCAACGAGGUCAUCAUGCAAGUGGUGUCCGAGUACAGCUGGCAAAAGUUUGUCCUUUUCUACGACUCUGACUUUGAUAUCCGCGGUAUCGAGGACUUCCUGGACCGCGCUUCCCAUCAGGGAAUGGACGUGUCCCUCCAAAAGGUCGAGUCCAAUGUCAACAUGAUGAUCACCAGCCUGUUCAGGACCAUGCGGGUGGAGGAGCUGCACCGCUACAGGGACACGCUACGCAGAGCUGUUCUAUUCAUGAGCCCAGCUACUGCCAAGGCAUUUAUCUCUGAGGUCGUCGAGACCAACUUGGUGGCCUUUGACUGUCACUGGAUCCUCAUAAACGAGGAGAUCUCCGACUAUGACCUGCAAGAGUUGGUAAUGAAGUCGGUGGGUCGGCUGACGUUGGUGCGCCAGACCUUCCCCAUGCCGCAGAACACAACACAGCGUUGCGUGAAGCACAAUCACCGGAUCAACACAUCCCUCUGCGAUCCCAAGAACGCCAAGGCGCAGCAGCUGGAGAUUACGAAUCGCUACAUCUAUGACACGGUGCUGCUGCUGGCGAACACCUUUCAUCGAAAGCUGGAGGACAGGAAGUGGCACAGCAUGGCCAGUUUGAGCUGCAUCCGGAAGAACUCCAAACCCUGGCAAGGGGGGAAAAGCAUGCUGGACACUGUCAAAAAGUUUGGCGUGAGUGGCCUGACCAGCUUCCUGGAGUUCACCGACAACGGCACCAACCCCAAUAUCUUCUUUGAGAUCCUGGGCACAAACUACGGAGAAGACCGUGGGCGAGGAGUCAGCAGGCUGGCCACGUGGGACCCUCUUCAUGGCCUGAAUGGCACGCUGACGGACAGGAAGUUGGAGAACAACAUGCGAGGAGUGGUGCUUAGAGUCGUCACUGUCUUGGAGGAGCCAUUCGUGAUGGUGUCCGAGAACGUUCUUGGCAAACCCAAGAAGUACCAAGGCUUCUCCAUCGACGUCCUGGAUGCUCUCUCCAACUAUUUGGGUUUCAAGUACGAGAUCUACAUUGCACCGGACCACAAGUACGGCAGCUUGCAGCCUGACGGCCAGUGGAAUGGACUCAUGGGAGAACUUGUUUUUAAGCGAGCUGACGUCGGACUCUCCGCUCUGACUAUCACGCCGGAGCGCGAGAGCGUUGUAGACUUCACCACACGUUACAUGGACUACUCGGUGGGCGUGCUGCUGCGCAAAGCCGAGCGCACGGUGGACAUGUUUGCCUGCCUGGCGCCCUUUGACCUUUCGUUGUGGGCAUGCAUCGCGGGCACUGUCCUGCUGGUCGGCAUCCUGGUCUACUUGCUCAAUUGGUUUAACCCACCGCGACUGCCCAUGGGCUCCGUGUCCUCCACAACGCUCUACAACUCCAUGUGGUUCGUGUAUGGGUCCUUCGUACAGCAAGGUGGAGAGGUCCCCUACACCACCCUGGCCACGAGGAUGAUGAUGGGCGUUUGGUGGAUGUUUGCUCUUAUCGUCAUCUCCUCAUAUACGGCCAAUUUGGCGGCAUUCCUCACCAUCACGCGCAUCGAGAACUCCAUACAGUCCCUCCAGGACUUGUCCAAGCAGACUGAGCUUCCGUACGGCACGGUGCUGGACUCUGCGGUGUACGACCAGGUGCGCUCCAAGGCAAUGAACCCCUUCGAGAGAGACCCCAUGUACUCGCAGAUGUGGAGGAUGAUCAACCGCACAGGAGGAGCCGACAACAAUGUGGAGGAGUCCAAGGAGGGCAUCCGAAAGGUGAAGUACGGCCGCUUCGGCUUCGUGUGGGACGUGGCGGUGCUGGAGUACGCCGCCAACAACGACGAGGAUUGUUCCUUCUACACGGUGGGCAGCAAGGCGCCGGACCGCGGCUACGGCAUCGCCAUGCAGCACGGCAGUCCCUACAGAGACAUUUUUUCCCAGAGAAUCUUGGAGCUUCAGCAGAAUGGCGACAUGGAUAUACUCAAACUCAAGUGGUGGCCAAAGGACAGCCCUUGUGAACUCUACGGCUCGGUGCAAUCGCGGCAAAGCAACGCCCUGGACAUCCAUAGCUUCGCCGGCGUCUUCUGCGUCCUGGCAGCCGGCGUGGUGCUUUCUUGUCUCAUAGCCAUGGUGGAAAGCUGGUGGUCACGGCGGAAGGGAUCCAGGGUCCCCUCCAAGGAGGACGAUAAGGAGAUCGACCUGGAGCACCUACACCGCCGGGUUAACAGCCUGUGCACAGAGGAUGAAAGCCCCCACAAGCAAUUCUCCACCUCUUCCGUCGAUCUGACGCCCCUCGACAUGGACGCGCUGCCCGCCGCCCGCCAGGCCCUGGAGCAGAUAAGCGACUUCCGUAACACGCACAUCACCACCACCACCUUCAUUCCCGAGCAGAUUCAGACCCUCAGCCGCAGCCUGUCCGCCAAAGCCGCCGCCGGGUUCUCGGCCGGCUUCGGCGGCGCCGGCGCCGGCGUCAUCCACCAGGAUCACCGGACUGGCGGAGUCGGCCCUUUUAGGCAGAGGGCGCCCAACGGCGGCUUCUUCCGUAGCCCCAUUAAAACAAUGUCCUCCAUCCCCUACCAGCCCACAGGUCCGGGACCGAACUUUGGAUAUGGCAACGACCCAGACAGAGGUACAUCCAUCUAAGUGCUUGCUUAGGGAUGGUUUGGUAAGGAAGAGGCAGGAGGCGGGGAGGGGCGGGUGAGGGGGGAGGGGGUCUAUGGGAAGAUCCAACGGCGUUAUAAAACAAACAAUGCGAAGAGAAAGAGCCGCCGCAUAGACACUUAUGUACAUAGUCACUUUUAUGUUUUCAGUUUCCUCCUUGGAAGAUUCCAUUUUGUAUGAGGGGGGGGAGAAGGUGUGGCUCUGCUCGGACAUUCGGUAUGUGUGCAAAUGGGACAGUGUCAACAAAGAAAUGAGAUUUUUGCUUGAUUGGUGUUCUUCUUGUGCUUGUUCGGGGCUGUUCUUUUCAGGGUGUGUGUAAUUUGUUUUUGUUCCCCGAACAUGAGGACUGCCUGUCUGAAAAUGUCCCUCAAGAACUCCUGUAUUGCUCUCCUUGCACUCCAGCUUGACCUUGGUGGUGGUCUUGCCAUGAAACAAAAAAAAAUAUCCAAUCGGUGUGCCAAUACCUUGGAGUAUUGCGGGAGAACUCGGACGCAGAAAUUAUCUAAAAGUUCGGCCUCCAUGCUCAAGUAUCUCCGUCUUACUUUUCGAAUGCCCGGUCAUCUCUUAAGAUGAUGUCACCACUGCGGAUCAGCUGGGCCGAAGACUGAACAAGGGAGCGAAUGCAAACGGCUGACUGGUGAACUUUUCAACUGCCCAAAUCUUCAUGACGCUGUACAAAAAAAAAAAUGACGCCCGUCGUUUCGGUGUGCCGGCCCGAAAACAAACGUGUCCAUUCUUUGAUGCACAUUGAAGACGCUUUGUGAACCCCACUGCACUGCACCAGUGCCCACAGACCUGUAAGUGAUUGUAUGUGCAGAUGACCUUUUCAUUUUAAUUUUUUUUUUGUUUUGUUUCCUCACACAUGGUACUGUACUAUCUGCUUUUCAAGUCAUGGUGAGACCUUUCCAUCACACUCUUCAGAAAGGUAAUAGAAAGGAACGAAAACAAACAAAAAAAUAUAUAUAAAAAGAAAUUAUUUCAAUGCUUAUUAUGUCUUUUUAUGAGAUUUCUUUUCCGAAAAAAAAAUAUUUUAACACGUGGAAUGUGUUUUUGGUUAGGAAAUCCCUCCCAAAAAAAAAAAAAAAAUCAUUGUUCCGAACUGUCUAAUUGUUUGAUCUGCUUAAAUAAGUGCUGUAGUCCCUGUUUUUGAAACAUGCAUCAUUCGAAACUUACGUUUACAUUUUUUGGCUUUAGUCUCAAUGGCGUCUUAAAGCGUCAUCCUCUAGGCUCAUGUCUUAAAACGUCAUGCUUUCGGGUCAUGUUUUUGAAUCCCAUGAUUCAUUUCUUAUCAGCAUCGAGUUGUAAAAUGGGUUUAGUGUUGAAGGAGAGACCACUGCAAGAGCAUUUUCAGAACAGGCCUUACACACCAACUAAACCGCUUUUAACCCUUUUCAACUGCCAGUCGAACCCCAAACGUCCUAGCGUAGAGGAGAACACCGAAGAGCGGAUGCGUUUGGAAUCUUUUUUUUUCUUCUUCUUCCUGUCACAUUAAAUGUACUGUGUCUUGAUGACUUGUUUUUAAAGUGCCAAUUAAUUCCAACAAGACCAUUAAGGUGCAUUUCAGUGGCGAUAGGCGGCUGGUGUACAUGAAAAGCACUUUGUGUGGGCGGGGCUUUGGGUUGGUUCAAUCAGAAGCUGAGCGGUUUUCAUUGACACUUAAUAAUUGAAAGUGUUAUCGUUGUUUCCAGCAAUUUUUUUUUCAUUUUAUCUUUAAGAACUAAAAACGUUGUGCAUAGAGAACUCGGUCCAAGCCACGGUGUUUAGAAGCAAGCAUUCUUAGCUGUUCUUUUCUUAUCUUGUUAAGCUGCAGUAUGGCUACCGAAUGGUAAAAUAGGACACAGACAUUUAUAAAAGUUUUAUUUAGUCUAAAUCAAAGACAUUAUUAAUGGGGGGGUGCGGGAAAAAAUGUAUAUUUUACAUGUUAAUGCUAUUUUUGUUAAACAAAAAGGAAAGUAUCAUAAUGAGCUAUUUUGUUGAGUUGUUUGUUUUUCCACCUUCCUACAGCGUUUCCCAAACUUUUUUCCAACUCAAGUCCCAAAGGGAAUUUCUCUGCAGGAAAUUAUUCAAAUGUAUUUCCGUAACAUUGAUUGAUUAAUUAUUAGUGAUUUAGCGACAGAAAAUUGACCCGUGGCCCAUUUUGGGUCCGAUGCAAAGUUUGGGAAACCCUGCCUUACAUGAUCAGCAUAAUCACAUACUUAUAAACCCCUUUGACUCACAUACUCUCAAUUCAUCAGAUUUUUUUUUUCUGGCUAAAUAACAAAAAUUGGCAAGUUACAUAUUCAUGAAAAAGAAGCAUGCACAAACUUGCUCCUGUCGCAGUCUGUCGACAUUUUUGUUUUUAAUUUCACAUAUUGGACAGCAGAUUUUACUUGGAAGUAUUCCAAAUUAAGAAUGACAACAAAAAAGAAAAUAUGAUGUACAGUAUUUAAGAUAGGCCUAUUUUGUUGUAUGUGUUGCAUAUUAUUCAAAAACUGAACAAACCGGAGGCCUCUGUUGCAGGUGGCAAAGCUUUCUGUGUAUAAUUUGUCUAAUAAACAGGUUUUCUACA